GGACCAGUCCGACUUCCUAUACCUUCGCCUUGUUUUGUUGAUUUUUCCCACCUCUACAGGGCUUUCUCCGCUCUUUGUGGUCAACAGAGAAAGUUGCAGGUCUUUAGUGAGAGAAUCUUCAGACAGCUGCAGUGAUGGCUGUUGGCCACAAGGGGGCAUUGUUGCUCCUCUUGGCUGCUGCUCUGUGUGUUGGUCCAUCUUCGUCCAAGACAACACAACCUCCACACAUCAUUCUCAUUGUUGCCGAUGAUUUGGGUUGGAAUGAUGUGAGUUUCCAUGGUUCGGAUCAGAUCCCCACGCCUAACCUGGACAGUCUGGCGUAUAGCGGUGUGAUCCUGGGGAACUACUACGUGUCUCCCAUCUGUACACCGACCCGCAGUGCUCUCAUGACAGGACGACAUCCCAUACAUACAGGUUUGCAGCACGGCGUGAUUUCCGGUGCCACCCCCUUCGGCCUGCCACUGAAUGAAACGAUCCUCCCACAGUACCUGAAACAACUGGGUUAUGCCACUCACAUGGUGGGGAAGUGGCAUCUUGGCCACCACACAUGGGAACACACACCGACCUACCGCGGGUUUGACUCCUACUUUGGUUACCUCACCGGGAAGGACAACUAUUACGAUCACACAGACGAUGAAAGUAACAGUAAAGGAGAGACUGGGUACAAGGGUCUGGACCUGCGGAACGGGACAGAGCCGGUGUGGACGGAAAACGGAACGUACAGUACGGAACUGUUCGCCACAGAGGCUGAGAGGAUCAUCGCAAACCACGAUACUGACAAGCCCCUGUUCCUGUACUUGCCCCAUCAAGCGGUGCAUUCUGGUAACCCUGACGACCCCCUGCAGGCCCCCCAGAAGUACAUUGAUAAGUUCCCCCACAUCCAGCACCCUGGCAGGAGGACGUUCGCUGCCAUGGUCUCAGCACUAGAUGAUGCGGUAGGUAACGUGACCAAAGCUCUGUCUGCCCGCGGGAUGUUAGAAAACUCUGUCAUCAUCUUCACCACCGACAACGGGGGUCCUGCCGCCGGCUUCGACAUGAACUACGCCAGCAACUGGCCCCUUAGGGGUGUUAAAAACACACUCUGGGAGGGGGGUGUCCAUGGGACGGGUUUUGUCCACAGCCCCCUCAUCAAACAACCCAAACGGACGACGCACGAGCUUCUACACGUUUGCGACCUCCUGCCGACGAUCUACGCCCUCGCAGGCGGGGAUUCGACCCAACUGAAGAAUCUGGAUGGUUCGAAUGUCUGGGAGACGAUUUCACGCGGAGAGGAGUCGCCACGCGUGGAAGUGCUGCACAACAUCGAUCCGAAGCGGAAAACCGCGGCCCUGCGAUACCGCGAUCACAAAAUAAUCCUCGGCGAAGCCUACAAGGGAGCCUGGGACGGGUGGUAUCCACCGGAGGGCGUGACGACCAACCGCAGCGAAGAGACGAAUCACGAGGAUCCUUGCGAGUUUAACAACAUCGCAGACUGGAACCCAAAACUGGUCGACUUUCUCAUGGGAAGACUCCAGGCCUACAACGCAACGGCGGUUCCCAUCAGAAAUCAGCCGACCGACCCGCGGGGGAACCCAAAAUACCACGGAGGGGUGUGGAGCCCCUGGAUCAACCUUACAGACACCAGUCUCUCAACCAACCAGUUACACAACUCAUAGAUAACAGUAGAUUGGCACCUCUUCAGGGCUCGAAAUUAAUAAAUUAAAGGUGGCCACUGACCACUAAAAUUUAGGUUGGGACAACUAAAAAGACACUUUGGGACAUUUUGGGGACAAUAGAAAAAUAAUCAACAUCAGAAUAGCACUUCCGGCUGGACUUCAGAACUCCUUUAAUAACCAUGCCAAGAUAUGUGAAGAUUCCUUAGUUCUGACACAUAUAUCAAAAUUUGAAUUUAUGCAGAUGAUAAGUUUCUGUGUAUUAAUAACUUGGUAGAUACCAAUGCCACACAAUACUUCUAGUCAACUCUAGGUCAUGGGUUCGAAUCCCAGCUCACCAGAGAUGUUCUAAACAUCAAUAUGAAUGUUGCCAGUAGCCUUAAGUCCUGUGUUCUUGAAAAGAACACUAAUAAGGGAUAGGGGCAGGCUGCAAUGUGCAAAGGUUCAAAAUGCAGUAUUGGUUGGUUGUGCUCUGAAUUAAUUUGAAUGAUAUGCAAUGCAAAUAUUACAGUCUAUAGUGAUUACAUGUACUCAAGGACAUAAGACCAUCUGUAUCACUCAGUUGUGGGCGUUGUGUAGUCUGUUUAUGAAAGAAUAAUAGGGUUUGAGUUUAGUGCCCAUGAAAAUUUGUGUGUGAUUUCAAACAAAAAUUUUGGGUAGCAGAACGGAAAAUCAUAGCACAGGGUCACAUUUUUCUGCCUAAUAAUUUUGUACUGCAUAUUUUAGGGACUUAGAUUUCUG